AUGGCUAACUUUGUAGGAGAGGGUUUCGAGAAGUCGCUUGAGAAGUUCCGACAACGACUUUCCCCGGAACAGAGACAACAGUUCUCGUUCAGCAGCCUCGAUGAUGUCAGAGCGGAGAUGCGGAAACUCCAGGACCAGCUCGGCCCACAGAAGAAGUUACGGAGCUUCAACAAAAUGAAAAAGUUUCUGGAAGGUAUGAAGCAAGUUGAGCAGUUGGUGCAAAUAUUUCUCAACACUUCUGAUGUUGUGGCAUAUGUCUGGGUCGCCUCGACUAGAAUCGAAACAUUAGAGCGUUUACUGGGUGUAUACCAAGAAAUCGGAGAUGUGCUUCAUGGUGUUGGGAAAUACGACCGACUCUUCAAAAAUUAUCCCGACUAUCGGAGAAUUCUAGAAAUCUACUUCUACGACAUUCUUGAAUUUCAUCAUGAAGUUUUACAGGUAUUUGCAAAACCAAACUGGAGAAGGUUUCUGGAUUAUGCUUGGCCGACUUUCAAAACUAAAUUCGAGCCCAUUAUUGAUAGCCUCAAACGGCACCGGGACCUGCUUUCGGACGAAAAGCUCACAGUUAUCCUCGAGGAACUUCAAGAUUCCCACGCCAUUGUAGACAAAAUACCCGCUAUGCUCCAAGAGAUCAACGAGAAACUCAACAAACUUCAGCAAAGCGGGAUCACCAAGAAACACGAACUCCAAGAACGUACCCUCAAGCAGAGAGAAACUGUCAGAACAAAACUCCGCUCCCGAAACUACCAGGAGGAUCAUCGUACAGCGCUGAAAAAACGAUCCAUAUCCUCCUCUGGCAACUGGGUGUUUGAUAGUCCCAAAUUCGAAAAAUGGCUGAACGGUAAUUCAGGAAACGAUAGCAUCCUGUAUAUUAACGGUAUCCCUGGCUCAGGCAAGACCAUCCUCGUUUCAACGAUAAUAGAAUAUCUGUUGAAUUCUGGACACACUAGGAACGGAACGAUCUUGUACUUUUACUUCAAGCAUCAUGAUAAUGACAAUAAAGGGGCUGGUAAGACGAAGUGUGGGAUGCUGUGUGCAUUAUUGAUGCAGCUACUUGACCAAGACGACACAUUGUUGGAAUAUGUUUAUCAAAAAUGCGCUAGCGUAGUAGAUCCAGACGCUAUCUCUGAACCCUUCCUCGAGGAAAUAUUGAAACAUUGUUUUAAUCGCCAAGGGAAGAUAUGGAUUGUACUUGAUGCUCUUGACGAAUCUGAGGAGUCUGAAUCGAUAAGCGCGCACCCAGUAAUAGCAUGGCUACAGGAAGUGGUCUCGCCCGCUACAUUAUAUGGUUCUCAUGUUAGAUUUUUGAUAUCAGGGCAACGGGACGGGUUUAUAGAAGCAGCGUUGUCGGUAUAUCCAGAUAUCGAUCUUGAUAGGACUAAACAGCACAAGGCCGACAUCACAGACUAUGCCUCCUUCCGGGCAUCCGAAAUCAAAUCCCGUUUCGGAUUAAAUGCGGACGAGGAAACAGAUAUAGUAGAUAAAGUCACAGUGAGUUCCAAAGGGAUGUUCUUAUAUGCCAAGAUAGUCUUGGACAAUCUCUUCCACCAGCAAUCAGUUGCAAAGUUCAGGAAAGAGCUGUCAAAUGAAAAUUUCCCUCAGGAGCUCAAUCAAGCUUAUGAACGGGUUGCCAUUCGCAUAUUUGACAAUGCACACGAGGCGCGAAGGUCAUCCGCACUUUGCAUCUUGGGUUGGGUAGCAACCUCAGGGCGGCCACUACGCUGGCGGGAGAUACAAGCAAAAUUCUGUAUCAAUCCAGUGGAUGCAACAUGCGAUUUCGAUGAGAGGAUCCUGGACUCGUUUAAAUCAAUUUGUGGCUCUCUAGUGGAUGUGGAACUUUGCGAUAACAAUAAGAACUCCGAAUCUGAACGAAUAGUUAGCAUAGUACACCCUACGGCCACCAGAAGAUACUUACAAGAAAGCAAUCGAAUUCGAUUAUUUGAAGAACAUGCAAAUGCCGCCAUCUACUUUUCACAAUACCUAACAUCGACCCCAUUCCAACAAAAAAUGGGCGAAAACAGAGUCUAUGAGCUAGCUCUAGACGGUUAUUACGCCCUACAAGACUAUGCUUGCGCAUUUUGGCACCAUCACAUAAGCUUAGCUCUUAGCCCAUUAUCUAACAUUUCGCCUAACCUCGAAACUGCGGUUAUUCACGGCGCAAAACUGUUAAUACGUAUAUCGCAACCAAAAGCUCGGUCGGACAGCUCUUUCGAGUGUGAAAAUUUGAACGAUCAUACGAAAGAGUAUAUCCUAUCGAUUUUGGAGGAACCAUACGCCCUUGGAUCUGAAGGAUCUGCUCUCUCAGAGCAGAUCAAAAAUGUCCGAAACCAAAUCGAAUCAAUCAACUAUAGUGAAGUAGACGGACGUCAACUCAAAGUCUUCAAUGAGCUCCACGGAUGCAUACGCUUUAAAUGUCCAAAAAUCAGAUGCGCCUUAUUCUCCUCUGGUUUCAGUAGCAAAGAGCAACAGAGUCAUCAUAUCCGGGAGCAUGAUAGGCCAUUCAAGUGUUCUAAGCCGGAGUGCUUUGCCCGGAUCACCGGUUUUUCCUCUUUGCCGUCACUGAAUGAACAUAUAAAGCGUCUACAUAGCAGCGAUCCGCCGGUCCUCUUUCCCAAGGGAAAGGAUGCCGGAAGCUCCACCAUACACAAUGCCGCAGCCCGAGGCGACCUGAAUGACGUGAUUGCACUUCAUGAGGCUGGAGCAUCUCUGCAUUUUGUAGAACAAAAGAAAGAUGGGCUUGCCCCCAUAGUCCUUGCGGUAAAGAAAGGCCAUAUGAAUGUGUGCGAGUAUAUUAUGAAACGAAGUAUGCCUCCUAUAAAUCCCUGGGGUCCCAUUUUCCCAAAAUCAGGGAGUGUUUCCGACUACUACAUAGGUGAUUCGCCAAUCGAAGAAGCAGUCAAAAACGAUGACCUCCAGCUAUUUGACUUGCUAAGAUAUCUCUCACCCUCCACGCCUUCAACCCAUGCAAUUGGAUCAACAAUUUGUAUGGCUAUUGGUUAUGGUUCCGAAAAAAUAUUUGCCAGAAUUUUUGAGGAGGUCGAGUAUUGUACGGCCAUUCUAAAUAGGUUCAAAGAUAGCCGGACUCCUGGGAACCGUUGGGAAACCCUUUGUAAGAUCUGUUCGACGGCUUCGAGAUUACAAUCCAAUUUUUUGGAAAAGCAGAAACUAUUCCUCGGGAAAUUCCUAGCAAAGCUGAUGCCUGCGCUUUAUGAGCUUAAAGAUCUGGCUGCCCUUUCCCCACAAGAAAUGAGCGACAUAAACGAGGCUCUGGUGUUUUUAUACGCUGGAAACUCAUCAUCAUUACUCUCAGUUGCCCUGAGUAUGAGGGCAUAUGCUGUUGCAGAAUUUUCACUCGAUCUGAGAGAAACGAUAGAGUCGAAAAGCUCUUUUAAAGUUCUUUUAGGAGUGGCUUUACUCGGUAAGCUAGCAGGCAAUAAGGGGGAGAGAAGGGAACCAAUGAAACUUUGUAUAAGGCAGUUAAUGUUGCGUCUGAUCUCAGCAGUUGGGCCAGAACGGAUUCAAGACGCUUGGUCAAGAGGGAUUCAUAGUCCGCCUCUCAGAGAAGCCGCCUGGGCUAAUAACGUCGCUUGCUUGGAAGCCUUAAUCCCUUUCAUUCAUGACCUGGAUGAAGAUGAAAAGAACGAAGGAACUAUACUAGAUAUCGCGGCUGAGGCUAACCGCAGGGAAAUGGUCAAGCUACUGAUUGAAAGCGGCCGGGUUGAUCUCAAGCAAAAAAACCGGAAAUCACAACCUAUUUUGGAAUCAAGGAAUGGAAAGUGGUUUUUGUGUGUGGAUGCUAUAUCUGCUAGGGAGCGCAGAAAAUUAACGCCGGGGGAUCUUGAGCCGAUAUGCGAUGAUACCAGGAAUGCCGUUGUAGGAAGCCCAACUGAUUUCUUGUUCAAGAGAAAGUCUACAACGAGUUGA